AGUCUUGUGAAUCAAAUUUCCUUUCUGUCGGGGCUUCGUGCAUGAAUCGUCUGCCUGUCCGCGGCCAGCGAACGUCGUGUUUGAUUCCGAGACGAUCCUGAGCAGCGUUCAGAUUGCAUUCCGCCAUUAUUCGGAACCACGCUCCUUGUUGGAGAAUCGAAAACAUCCAAAGACACGGCGCAAUUUAAGUAUCUGUUACGGCGUGCAUGCCUCUUCCUUCUCGAGGGUUUUGGUUUUUGAAUUUUGCAUCGGCUAAUAUGAUAUUUGUCGUGGCGGGAGGGGAAGCGGUACCUCAUGGGUCAUAGUUCUAGGAAAAAAAAGAAAAGCGGUAGCGGGAGCGGUCGCAGGAACAGGAGCAAAGAUCCUUCCAAGGACCAUUACUCUCAGCCCGGGGAGGACAACGAUCCGUCCGAGGAGCUCACCGCUUUGGGUUCCAUUUACCAGGAAGACAUUAAAGUUGUAUCUGAAGCAACACAUACUAAGCUCAUAAUAAAUAUCAGGCCUUACUGGAGUGAUAUGCGUAUUGAAGAGUUCGAUCUUUCAGCUCUUCUUUUAGUAAGAUUGUUGCCAGGUUAUCCUCACAAGUGUCCUAAGUUACAAAUAGUGCCAGAGAAGGGUUUAUCAAAGAAAGAUGCUGAUCGCUUGCUUUCUUUACUUGUUGAUCAGGCAAAUAUUUACUCUCGAGAAGGUCGAGUUAUGAUUUAUGAUCUUGUAGAGGCAGCACAACAAUUUCUAUCUGAAAUUGCUCCCGUAGAACAAAUAUUUGAUUCUGUUUCUUACUUGGGUUCAAUUGGAAAGGACCAGCAUGUUAAGGAGGAUUCACUAGUAGUUGGUGGCUGUAAGUCAUAUUCUGAUGGCCCUUUUGUUUGUGGUUCAAUUGAUCUGUACAGCGAUUUGUGCAGUGAUGAAAUGUCAUGGGGUUGCCUUGGAACAAGAGUUGCGAAUGACAACUCUGGUAAACCUUCUGAAGGACAAGCUGGACCGUUCAUCAAAACCAGAACUAGAGGUCUCGCUUCAGCAAAAAAUGAAAGGAAUUCUGUUAAGCAUUCACUGCAGAAUGAACAACCAGAAGUUUAUCAUACAAAAUAUUGUGCUUUUCAACACGAACCAGCCAUUUUACAUAUUUCUGAAGAAGAGAAUGAAAAACAAACUGACAUUGAUGACAAUAGAAAUUUACAAAAUACAUCUGAACGACCGCAAGUGCUAGAAUCUGCAGAGAAGGAUUUUGAAAACAUAGAAAAUGAUGAUCUUGAACUUCUGAUGAAAGAGGACUCUGAUGAUUUGGAUUUAGAUGAAAAAUCUUGCAAUUCAUAUUCCAGUGCAGGGAAGCAGGAGUCUGAAUCUCAUCGCAGGAAGAGGGAUCUGCUUAUGGUGCAUUUACUUCACCUUGCUUGCUCUUCUGGUGGAGCACUUUCUCAUGAUUUGCCACUAAUUUCAUCAGAGUUAUACAACUUGGGGAUGAUUUCAGACUGGGCCAAGGAUCUAUCUAAUGGUUCUCCUUCAACUUUUAGUAAAGUUUUUAGUCAUGCUUUUGAGCAUCAUUUGAAUGCCUCUAGAAUCUCUGAAUUUUGGAAGCCUGCCAACAUUUUUAGUGGGGAUAAUGUGUCAUCUCUUAUGAAUUCCCGCUAUCUGAAUGACUUUGAGGAAAUACAUUCACUUGGUCGUGGAGGAUUUGGCCAUGUUGUAUUGUGCAAAAACAAACUUGAUGGGCGGCAUUAUGCUGUUAAAAAGAUUCGACUCAAGGAUAGAAAUCCACAUGUGAAUGACAAAAUUUUAAGGGAGGUUGCCACACUCUCACGUUUGCAGCAUCAACAUGUUGUUCGGUACUAUCAGGCUUGGGUUGAAACUGUUCAUGGAGAAACUACUUGUGGCUCAAGAAUUGUGGGGAGCUUUAGUGGUAGUUUUCUUGAUUCAAGCUUCACCCGUGCAAGUUCCCCUGAUAACAGGCUUGAAUCAACAUAUUUGUAUAUACAAAUGGAAUAUUGUCCUAGGACUUUGCGCCAGGAUUUCGAAACAUGUACUUCUUUUGACAAGGAUUACACAUGGCAUCUGUUUCGCCAAAUUGUGGAAGGCUUAGCCCAUAUACAUAGCCUGGGAAUCAUUCAUCGUGACCUGACUCCUAGUAACAUAUUUUUUGAUGCUCGCAAUGAUAUUAAAAUCGGGGAUUUUGGCCUUGCAAAGUUCUUAAAUCUAGAUCAGCUAGAUCAUGAUCAAUAUCUUCCUGAUGAAACUAAUGGAGUUUCAAUGGAUGGAACUGGUCAAGUCGGCACAUAUUUCUAUACUGCACCAGAGAUAGAGCAGAGAUGGCCACAAAUAAAUGAGAAGGUUGACAUGUAUAGCUUAGGAGUGGUAUUUUUUGAGCUGUGGCACCGCUUUGCAACGACAAUGGAGAGACAUAUUACUCUUACAGAUCUGAAGCAGAAGGGUGUUCUUCCUAACCAUUGGAUUGCAAAAUUUCCAAAACAAUCAGCCAUUCUACAACGUCUUAUGUCCCCAGGUCCAGCUGAUCGUCCAUCAGCUACUGAUCUUUUACAUAAUGACUUACCUCCUAGAAAAGAAGAUGAGUGGCUAAAUGAUAUUUUGCGAGCGUUACAGUCUUCUGAGGAUUCAUAUAUCUAUGAUCGGGUUGUAUCAUCUAUAUUUGAUUUGGAGCGUUUAGAAAUGAAGGCGCCACAUCUGCAUGGUGGUAGUUUAAAGCUGGUCAAAGAUGCCCCAACUUUUUUGCAGUACGCAGAGGCGGAUACUGAACUUCAAGACAGUGCUAUUGAAAUCACCAAAGAAGUAUUUUCACAGCAUGGAGCCAGAAGAUUAGAGAUAUCGCCUAUGCGUAUAAUUGAUGAAGUACUUAGUUUUUUUCUUGCACUGAGGAGGAAUACUGUCAAACUUCUGACUUCUGGAGGGGAUAUGCUUGAGCUUUGUCAUGAGCUACGUACACCUUUUGUUAACUGGGUUGUGGCUAACCAGGUAUUUUCUUUCAAACGUUAUGAGGUCAACAGGGUAUAUAGGAGAGCUGUUGGCCAUUCAACUCCAAACCGUUUCUAUCAGGGAGAUUUUGAUAUAAUUGGAGGUUCUCCACCAUUACUGGAGGCAGAGGCGGUAAAGGUGGUAGUGGAUAUUGUAUCCAGGUUCUGUCAUCCAAGCAUGAUUGAUAUCCGUUUAAAUCAUAUGCAAGUUUUAGAAGCAGUUUGGUCUUGGGCUGGAGUCUCAAAGGAACUCCGACAAAAUGUUGCCGAGCUUCUUUCAUUGAUUGGAUCUUCUCCUCCACACUCAACUAAGCGGAAAUCAAAUUGGGGAUUUAUACGCCGGCAGCUCAUGCAGGAUCUGCAUCUUUCAGAAGUUAUUGUCAAUAGAUUGCAAACAGCAGACCUGAGGUUUUGUGGAUCUGCUGAUAAAGCUUUAGCAAGAUUGAGGGGAGCCCUUUCUCCUGAUAAAAUCACUCGUAAGGCUCUUGAGGAGAUUUCAACCCUUGUUAGUUACUUACGGAUAUGGAACAUUGAGAAAAAUAUCUCUUUAGAUGUUCUUAUCCCUCCUACAGAAGAGUACUACAGAGAACUUUAUUUCCAGGUAUUCCUAAAAGAUCAUAUGCAAGUUCCAGUAUCUGAAGCUACAUUGAUAGCAGUUGGUGGCCGUUACGACUAUUUGGUUCAUCAGAAGUGGAAUCAUGAAAAUAGGUCAAAUCCGCCUGGUGCAGUUGGAACUAGCCUUGCAUUAGAGAAGGUCUUUCGUCAUUGUUUGAUGGAUAUCAAGCCCUUCAGAAUUGAAGUCAACACGAAUGUGCUUGUCUGCUCCAAAGGUGGGGGAGGUCUGCUGCUUGAACGCAUGGAAUUAGUUGCCGAAUUGUGGCAAGCUAACAUGAAGGCUGAGUUUGUUCUACUACCAGACCCAAGUCUCACUGAGCAGUAUGAAUAUGCAGCAGAGCAUGAUAUUAAGUGCCUUAUUAUCAUAACUGAAACUGGUCUUUCUCAAACUGGUCUCAUAAAGGUCCGUCAUCUUGAACUGAAGAAGGAAAAAGAAAUUCAGAGAGGGGAAAUUAUUAAGUUUUUGACUGAUGCUGCCUCUACUCAAUUCAGGAACCUUUCAAUUUGGAAUUAAUUACAAUUCCAACCUCUACUGGUUUUUCUACUUUGUUUGUAAGCCAUCCUGGUUUAUUUGAAUUUGUGAGCUCAUCUGCAGUUCUUUUAGCUUAUUUCUUCUGUACUCUACCUAUAAAUUCUCUUGGAAGAGGGUGGAAGCAUUUUCUUCACUGGUUAUAAAUGAGCGUACGAGGCUCCAUUGUCGGGUGUAAAGGUGGGUUGAUGUACUUUUUGACUUCUUUUUUAAAG